UCUGGGAGUGAGUGAUUGACUUUAUCAGUCCAAGGACAUCAUCAGCCUGGUAAGGGGGGGAAGUUUGAUCCUCUUUCUCACGGAUCGCAGUCAAUUGGAGUUUUUUUUUCCUCCCAACUCUUUUACAUAGGAUUUUUCCCUCAUUUUUCGGCUUUUUUAUUUUUUUUAUUUCUAGGAUCUUCUUUGCUCAACGUGGUAAAUCUCAGCGCAGUGGUCUGCAGCCCAGCGCGCCACGCUCAAACUGGAUUUUAAUUUGAUUUUCUGCUUCCCACCCGACUCCUGAGUUUGCUUCAAGCUUCAUGACUAUGCUUCUAGACAGCGGUCCGCAGUUCGCAUCGUUAGGAGUGGGGGGCUUCGGGACGCCACGGCAUCACGACAUCGGGAAUAGGGACACGAGUCUGGGACUGAAUCCCUUCUCUGAUUCCUCUCACUCCGCCGCUUUCAAAAUAAGCCCCGUGGCGCACGACAUCGCUUCCAGCCAGACGUCAGCCUUCACUCCGCAGGCGACUGGAUACGCGGCCGCUUUGGGACACUCGCACGGCGGGCAGGUGGGCUCGUAUGGCGGCGGAGCGUUCAACUCGACUCGGGACUUUCUCUUCCGGAACCGGGGCGUCGGGGAGUCCACAGCGCCGAGCGCCCAGCACGGGAUAUUUGCAGCCUCUACGGGGAGCCUGCACGGGCCGCCUGGGAUCCCGGACAACCCCGGACAUUUGUUGUUCCCUGGACUUCACGACCAGGGAGUGAGCCACACUUCGCCGAGCGGACACGUUGUGAACAGCCAGAUGCACCUCGGUUUACGUGGGGACAUUUUCGGAAGACCAGACCCGUACCGGCCGGUGGCGAGCCCCCGGACGGACCCGUACGGAGCUCAGCUGCACAACUACAACCACCCGAUCAACAUGAACAUGGGCAUGAACGUGCCGACGCACCACGGUCCGGGGGCCUUCUUCAGAUACAUGCGGCAACCGAUCAAGCAAGAGCUGUCCUGCAAAUGGAUAGAUGAGAACCAGAUGAACAGACCCAAAAAGACGUGUGACAGGACGUUCAGCACCAUGCACGAGAUGGUCACGCAUGUGUCCAUGGAGCACGUCGGCGGGCCCGAGCAGAGCAACCACGUCUGCUUCUGGGAGGACUGCCCGAGGGAGGGCAAGUCCUUUAAGGCCAAGUACAAACUCGUCAACCACAUCCGUGUGCACACGGGCGAGAAGCCGUUCCCUUGCCCGUUCCCUGGAUGUGGGAAAAUAUUCGCCCGGUCGGAAAAUCUAAAAAUCCACAAAAGAACACACACAGGUGAGAAGCCGUUUAAGUGUGAAUUUGACGGCUGCGACAGACGCUUCGCCAACAGCAGCGACAGGAAAAAGCACAUGCAUGUGCACACGUCAGACAAGCCAUACAUCUGCAAAGUGUGCGACAAGUCCUACACACACCCCAGCUCUCUCAGGAAACACAUGAAGGUACAUGAGUCUCAAGGUUCGGAAUCCUCCCCUGCAGCGAGCUCCGGAUACGAGUCGUCCACGCCGCCAGUACUGGUUUCAGCCAGCACCGAGGACCCGACAAAAACACCGCCGUCAACCGUGCAAAACACGCCCGGCCACAGCGAAGGACUGCCGCCCAACUUUAACGAGUGGUACGUUUGAAGGCAUGAGGAGUGGACCCUCUCCCUGCAGUUUGGACCAUGAGGAUGAACGAGGAGUGACUUAAAAUACACACACACUUGCACACACACAAACAAAUGGGACUGGAACAACAACAUGGAGAUGAGAGCAAAAGCCAGCACCAAGCAGGCCACGUCCGUUCUCAGGAUCACGAAAAAAAAAAAUGACUUUAUUCCGCAGUUUGAAAACAAAUCAUCCACGACUAGAUAAACUUUCUGAGUAUAAAUAUGGUUUUUUAUCUUUAAUCUUUUAGUUUACAGAUUUCAGAAAGCUUGUUUUAUUUUUUUCAUUUUAUGUAUUUUCUCAAAUUUUUAUUUAAGUAAGGAAAAAAAAAGUCAUUAAAAAAACGAAAGAUUAUUUCACGCUGUUUUAUAUGACGGUGACGUCGCCUCCUUCGAUUGAUUGUUGAAACUUCAAAAACAGUCUUAAGAAACGUGCCAAAGUCUUUGUCAUGAACUUGAACGCAGAUUUAAAAAAAAAAAACUGAAAAUCCUAAAUAAAUAUUAUACUCGUGAAUGUAUUUUUUUCCUUGUUUGAUGGGGUCGCAUCUGUUGUCAACGUCCGUUUUCAGGUGGAGACGUGGUAUUAGGUUUACGAUUGUUACCGUUGAAUAUAACGUUGCCUUUUGUUUAUACCGUUGUAAAUACAUAUCCAUGAUGCCAUAUUUAUCGAUUUGUAAUUUAAUUAUGGGUAUAAGUUCUGAAACUUAAAUGAUAUUUAUGGAAAUGUUUUUCUAACAAGAUCUGUACAGUUUUUGGUCACAACCAGCUUAACAUUGAACAAAUGAUAAACUCUUCUUUAAGCUCCAACAUCGCGAUUGUAUCCUUCUGUUUUCCUCUUCUUAACCAAUAGGCCUACAUGUGUCUUAUUUGGACCGAAUAGAAAAAAAAUCACCUAUAUGAAUAUUAUGGAUUUGUCUAUAUAUAUUGCAGAUAUUUCAGUAACUUUUAUUUUCUUUAUGAGACCAUUGACAUGUAUUAAAAAAAAUCAUUGACUGUCUACAACUGAGUUCAGUUGAGCUGAAAAGCUACAAAGCGGUUCUGUUUAUAUUUUUGGUUCAGUUUAAACUUUUUUGUGGAUUUUACUUUGAUAGGAUCAGAAAUAGAUGUCAAAUAUUAGAGGAGGAAAUAAGAUUUAAAAAAAGAAUGAACCCAUCAGCCUAUUGCAGUCCUAUAUAUACAGGUCUUAGACGAGUUGUGCGCAGUUCAUGAUUAUUCAAAUCGAGUAUUUUUCAGUAGUCAUUUCAAUUUGAGGGGAUCCACCACCCGAAAAUAUAAGCCUGUAUGGCAACUUUUAUAGUUCCAGCAAAUGUCUUUGUGCAAAGUAGCCUCUGUUUAAAUGUCUGCAUCGGCAACAAUGGAACUGAAACGAUAAAGUAUCUUCAAAAAUAAAAAAGUUAUGUUUUUUUUUUUGUCUGCCAGCUUGCAUUGUUUUAAAUGUAACUCUUCUGUGAAACUAAAUCGUGUUAUUUGUUGUGGUGUUGCAUAUAGAGCAGUUUUAAUUACACAUUUUUGAUUGUUUUUUGUGUGAAUAACUUGUCAAGAUGACUUUUUUUCUUUUUGUUGUGUUUAACAAAAAAAAAAAAUCGUGGAAGGGAAAUUGGAGGGAGAACACGUUCAGUGGCGAAAAAAAGAGUUACAGCAUUGCAUUGUAACCUAUUCUCAAGAAUUAAAUAUUAUGCAUACACAAAGUAUAUUGUACUCUUAUGAGAACAAUUUUCAGACCACCAGCACUACUUUUAAAAAAUAAAAUGUAAAAAAGUGAAACGGUACCUCUUGACAGUGAUAUAUGAAAUAACUUUAUUUAAAUAAUUUAAGGAGUAUAUGUUUUAUAUGCUAUUUUCUAUACCUUAAUUUAAAAAAAAAAAGUACAUUUUCUUAUUCCCGCCACCUUUCUGCCCCCAUGUCCAGAGGUCAAAGGAAAAUAUCUGAUGUAUAAAAACAGAGCUAGAAUGUGAUGUUGUAACACUUUCUGGGAGGAAAAAAAUGGGUCACACUCCGAGUUAUUCCUGAAGAGCAAAACUGUUUCACUGAUGAACUGUGUCACUGUGCCACAUCGAGGCAAACCAUGUUACAACAAGCAGGCCUAUAUGCGCUUAGAGCCUAUCUAAAGUCAGACGGUUCCUUGUACUUUUUAGGCUACUGUGUGUUGGUUGGUUUGUUCUGCCAACUAUUUAUGAAGAAAUGUGAACGGAAAUUUUGAUUAAAAUUAAAAACAAACAUUAUGAAAAAAA